AUGAGUAAAAGCGAACGUACUCUGUCUGGACUUUCGGAAAAUUCUAAUGGAAAUGCCGAAACUCAUGAACUCCAGCCAGCAGACAUAGUGUUUGUGGACAGAGGAAUCAUGCAGUCGAAGUACACGGAUCCCAUGGAGUUUGCAGAGGUUGAGGAGCUAUUAGGAACCUCUCCAGCGCCGCGACCCUGCACUCUUGUAUGGAGGGACGUCACCGUCCACAUUAAACAUAAGGACGGCAAGCUUAAGAGAUUAGUCAAUAGUGUAAAUGGAAUCGCAAAACCUGGCUCGUUGGUGGCACUAAUGGGACCCAGUGGCGCGGGGAAGACUACACUUAUGUCGGCUCUAGCGCAUAGAAGUCCUAUCGGCACGGUCGUGGAUGGUGCUAUUGCGAUGAAUGGACGAACAGUGGGCGACUUUAUGCACCUGGAGUCUGGAUACAUGCAUCAGGAUGAACUCUUUGUCGAAAAUCUCACUGUUAUGGAACAUCUCACAAUAAUGGCUCGUCUACGAAUGGAUAGGCGAACAUCAUCAUUGGCAAGAAAGAGAAGAGUGAAUCAAUUGUUGCGCCAGUUAUCUCUGUAUGGAUCACGGCAUACACGUAUUGGAGGCCUCGAUGGAAGAAAAACGUUGUCUGGAGGUGAAAGGAAGAGACUGGCGUUUGCUACUGAGCUCUUGACAGAUCCUGGAUUACUAUUCUGCGAUGAACCCACGACUGGCUUGGACUCGUCUUCAGCACAGAAGCUUAUGACCUUACUUCGGGCAAGUGCAGUCCAGGGCAAGACAGUGAUAUGUACUAUACACCAGCCGUCUUCAGAAUUAAUGGCAUUGUUUGAUAAGUUGGUGUUGCUGGCAGAGGGAAGAGUAGCCUAUGCUGGAAAUGCCUCAGGAGCACUAGGAUUUUUUGAAAGCUUGGGAUACCACUGUCCCAUCACAUAUAAUCCAACAGACUACUUUAUCAAAGUGUUGGCGUUGACACCUGGCUCGGAAGGUGCGUCACGACAUGCCAUUAAGAGCGUCUGUGAUCGGUUCGCGGUCAGUGAUGCUGCUAAGGAACUGGACAUGGAGAUACAUCUUGAGUUCCACCUAAUAGAUAAUCAAGAUGAGGAAACGAAGCGGACCAAAUCUAGCAAUUUUAAACCACCUUUUUUCCAUACGAAAAUCAUUUGGUUGGUGUAUAGAUAUAUUUUAAUGGUUUUACGUGAUCCAAAUGUACAAUUGUUAAGGAUAGCGCAGAAAUUGGCAAUCGCACUAACCGCAGGGCUGUGCUUCAUCGGCACAGCGCGGCUCACCCAAGCAGGAAUCCAAGAUGUCCAAGGAGCUCUCUUCAUCAUCAUAGCAGAGAAUACCUUCAGCCCUAUGUACUCUAUGCUCCAUAUAUUCCCUGAAGAGUUCCCCUUGUUGUAUAGGGAACUUAGGGCAGGGUUAUAUUCCACGCCCAUUUAUUAUGUAGCUAGGAUGAUAGCUUUGUUCCCAGGUCUGGUGAUUGAGCCGUCACUGUUCACACUGGUCGUCUACUGGAUCGCAGGUCUACGGAGCACCUUCUAUGCGUUUGGUUUCACCGUCUUCUUGUCUAUAUUGGUUCUGAAUGUAGCUAUAGCAUGUGGAUCAUUCUUCUCUUGCGCUUUCGGUUCAAUGCCGGUCGCAAUCGCCUACCUUGUCCCAUUUGACUACUCUCUCAUGAUGACAUCGGGACUAUUUAUAAAACUCAGCUCAAUACCAAAAUAUAUAUCGUGGAUUCGACACCUGUCUUGGCUCAUGUAUUCUAAUGAAGCAAUGACGAUUCUUCAGUGGGACGGAGUACAAAACAUAACAUGUCUUACAGACGAGACCGGUGCACCAUGCCUCAGUACUGGCGACGAAGUCCUGAGCAUGUAUGACUUUACCACGAACGAAUUCUGGCCCGACAUAGUUGCCCUGGUCAUUCUCUAUCUAGGUUUCCACCUCUUGGCUCUGAUUGCUCUGCGCUACCGUACGAGGAGAAAAUAA